CGGAUCCCGGAAGUGAAUUAACUGUGUGCCACUAAAGUCACACUUGCGUUUAUGCUAUAGCAUCACUUAAGUUAUGUUUUCUGUUAACGCUUUCGUACGUCGUGUAAGUAAUAUGGGACCGCUGUCAAACGGCACGGUGCUGGGAAAUGGAAAGAAAUGAGUUGAAAACGCCUUCAGGACCUCAGGUGUGACCUCCAGUGGGUGCAGUGUAUCACACCAUGUUGGUGACAGCGUACCUUGCCAUCAUUUUCCUGCUUGCCUUGUGUGUUGGCCUCGAGCUCACAGCCCGCCGUCUCACCCCACCUCAGUCUGCUCCUACUGCUGUAGCCAACCCAGUCUUCCGCCGCUUCCAGAGCAUAUUUCUCCGGGCAUACCUUUUGGCUUUGUGGGCAGACUGGCUCCAGGGUCCUUACCUCUACAAACUGUACCGCCAUUACAGUUUCCUGGAAUCCCAAAUAGCCAUCUUGUAUGUGUGUGGCCUGGCCUCCUGUGUGCUGUUUGCUCCUAUUUCAGGCUGGCUCCCUCAAGCCUUGGGUCGCAGACAGACAUGUCUUCUCUUCUGCCUGUCCUACUCUGCUUGUUGUCUCACCAAGCUGUCCAGAGACUACUUUGUUUUGAUUGUGGGCCGGGUCCUGGGGGGUCUGUCCACAUCCCUGCUCUCCACCACAUUUGAAGCCUGGUAUGUGCACCGUCAUGUAGACAUCCACGAUUUCCCCAAGGAGUGGAUCCCCAGCACCUUCACCAAAGCUGCUACCUGGAACCAUGGGCUCGCUGUAGGAGCAGGGCUGGUGGCUAACUUGCUGGCUGAGUGGCUCCACCUGGGGCCUGUGGCUCCCUUUCUCCUGGCUGUACCCUGCCUGGCGUGCUGUGCCUGGGUGGUGCUAACAGACUGGGGCAAGGAAGAGGCGGAAGAAGGUCCUGCAGGGGACAAACAAACGCUGCAUCUUGGCACUCCAAAUGGAGCUGUGACCCGUUUGUCUGCGUGGGCCCGCUUCACACGCAGUUGCCAUGAUGGCUUGCGCUGCUUGCUGUCGGACAGGAGAGUCCUGCUCUUGGGUGGAGUGCAGGCUCUGUUUGAAAGUGUCCUCUACAUUUUUGUUUUCCUGUGGACCCCGGUACUGGACCCUCAUGGACCUCCUUUGGGUAUAGUGUUCUCUUGCCUGAUGGCUGCCAGUAUGGCCGGCUCAUUGCUGUACCGCCUAGCCACCUCCACACGCUACCGUCUUCAGCCUGGCCAUGUUCUCUGCCUGGCUGUGCUGAUGGCCUUCUUCUCCCUCUUCAUGCUGACCUUUUCCACUGCUCCUGGCCAGCCAAGACCUCAUGAGUCCUUUCUGGCCUUUCUGCUGCUGGAGCUGGCCUGUGGCCUCUAUUUCCCUGCAGUCAGCUUUCUCCAGGGCAGGGUGAUCCCAGAGGAAAAGCGAGCAGGUGUGCUGGCUUGGUUCCGGUUGCCUCUGCACCUGCUGGCCUGCCUAGGGUUGCUGGCGCUCCAUGGGGAAAUGUCAGGAACGGGUGGAGGGGAGGCUGGCAGCGGCACCAGACACAUGUUUGGAGGCUGUGCAGUCAUGAUGCUGGCAGCUCUGAUGGCUGUAGUCAGUCUGUUCACUCUAGGCAGAAAUGACAUAGACCUGAGACUGGAAGGAACCAGAGGGGAGGGGGAGAUGUUCUGAGGAGAUAAACCACACAUCCAUUCAUGUGUGACUGGUUUCAAAUGCAUUGUGCCAGUUUUGUCUGAAAGUAGAAACCUCAUGUGUUCCACUGGAGUAGUCGUAAGUCUACAUUUUGCCAAAUGCAUCAAUGGGUGUUUUCGUAAAUUAAAAUUCAGUUGAAUUUCCAUUUUUAUGUUUCCCCUGUUACGUCUUUGUUGUUUUUGGGAGAGGGUUUUUCUAAUCCUCUAUGGAUGUUUUCAGAACAUGAACCAUAUCUACCUUAAUUUGUCAAGUAAAUUGCAGGAAGCUUUGUCAGCCAUAUCCAAAACUCUUAUCAUUCCAUUAACUAUUCCAGAUAAAAACAUAUCAUUGCUUCAUUGUGUCCUGAAGGGAGAUGGGGUGAUGUGUUAACCUGUCACUAUCCUCAUAAGGAUCUGUAAUAUUUUAGUUCCAUCAUAUGUUUAUAAACGGAUGUGAAAAGAUGUGAGUUUACAGAGAGCUCAAUGAAUAUCCAAAGAAAUAAGUCAUAACUUACAUGUAGACCAGUAUCUGAAUGUCAGUUCUUAUAGUACUUCUUCCACAAUACUUUUAUUUCUGUGUGUGUGUUGUUGGUUUUUUCCAGCUUCUGUGUAUUUUUAAUGAUAAGAGCAAUCAGUAGGUCAGUUUUACUUUGAAUGCUUUUUCUGCACUUGUCUACAGGAUAUUUGAUCUGUAUUGUCUUAACAUUUUUUCUGUUCUUAACACUUUUAAAUAAAAGUGCAUAUUGUACAUAA